AUGGGCGGUAACAGUAGAGAAGGCGGCAAAGCGAAACCGCUCAAAGCCCCUAAGAAAGACAAGAAAGACUUAGAUGACGAUGAAGUUGCGUACAGGGAAAAACAAAAAGCUGAUGCAAAGGCAAACAAGGAAAUGGCCGAGAAGGCGAAAGGCAAGGGACCUAUGAAUGCGGGCCAACAAGGCAUCAAAAAGUCCGGGAAAGGGAAAUGA